AUGCAGAAGGAGAGGAAGAGCCACGAGAGAAUUUGUAUCAACGGGGCCCUAUUAUCGUCAUUAAUCAGCGAGUCUGGCCUUGCAUCGGUUAAAUUGGCUUCAUUGGUCGGAAGGGGCUCAGAACUCACCAGAGAUGAGAGAGAUUUGAUGAGGCUAGGCAAAAAGCCGGUGUUAAAGCGCAACUUUGGGUUUAUGUCAGUCCUUGGGUUCUCGUGCACAGUUCUCAUAACAUGGGAAGGAAUGUUGAUAGUCUCAACUCAGAGCCUCGUGAACGGCGGCCCAGCAGGCGUAAUUUGGGGCUAUCUUAUUGUAUGGAUUGGCACCAUCUCAGUGUUUGCCAUCUUGUCAGAAUUAGCAUCAAUGCAAGGCACCAACCGCUGGCAAGCCGUUACGGCUUCGGCGGCGUAUCUGAUAGGAACUCUUCUACAGAGUGUUAUUAUUCUGGCCAAGCCCGAUUACAGCCCUCAACCAUGGCAAGCUAUGCUCUUCCUCUGGGCAAUUUUAGCUUUUGCAGUAUUCAUCAAUACCGUUGCCAGCAAAACUCUUGCUAAAUUUGAAGGGUUAAUAUUGAUCCUUCACAUUUUAGGUUUUCUCGGCAUCUUGAUUCCUUUGGUGUAUCUCGCCCCCCAUGGCGAUGCGUCCAUAUUCACGACAUUCGUCAACGAGGGUGGAUGGCCCACACAGGGGCUCUCGUUCAUGGUUGGGCUGCCCAGUGCUGUAUUCUCUUUGAUCGGCGCUGAUUCGGCUGUGCACAUGGCGGAGGAAAUUAAAAAUGCAUCUACCGUGGUACCACGCGCUAUCCUGAUUACUAUCAUACUCAAUGGCGUUUUGGGGUUCGCAAUGUUGCUUGCUUAUCUUUUCUGCCUCGGAGACUUGGACGCGGUCCUGGAAUCUCAAAACACCUUGGGAUACCCAUUUUUGUUUGUGUUCCAGGCGGGAACUCAGUCGAUACCUGGAGCUGUUGUGAUGGGUCUAGUCGUUGUGGCUCUUGGUAUCUGUAGCACGGUCGGCGUUUUAGCAUCGUCAUCUAGAAUGCUGUGGUCCUUUUCACGGGACCGAGGAAUUCCCUUGUGGAAACACUUCAUCAAGCUUGAUCAGCGUACCUCCAUCCCUAUCUACACUAUCGGCUUUACCACCACCGUCUCCGUACUACUUUCUCUCAUAAUUCUCGGUUCAAGCGUUGCGUUUAGCAACAUCGUUAACUUGAGCGUUGUUGGACUCUAUUCUUCUUACCUGCUCAGUUGUAGCCUGCUCCUUUGGCGUCGCCUUCAAGGUAUCGAGGCACAUGACUCUGAUGCAACAUUGGUUGGCUAUGGGAAUAUCCAAUGGGGCCCUUGGCGCAUCCCGCGAGUGCUGGGUGUGAUCAACAACGUGUUUGCUUGUGUGUAUCUGUUCGUUCUUUGGUUCUGGGCCUUUUGGCCCCCGGCUACGCCAGUAGUUGCAGCGAACAUGAACUUCAGUGUUCUUACUUUUGGGUUUACCACUUUGUUCGCGAUUUUUUGGUAUUUCAUCCGGGGGAAACAUGAAUAUCGCGGGCCGGUCGUUGAGGUGGAGUUUUCGUAA